CGAUCCGUGCUGGCUGGAUGUGACGCUGGACAGCAGCAGCGAGCCUGCCUGUCUGCUGACGGCCCGCCACGCUCCCGGCCAGCGGGUCGUCUCGUACUCGCUGUUCCAAAUGGACGCGUGGACGGACGUGAACCAGACCGACGCGUGGGAAGCGCUGCUCAUGGCUCUGGACCAGAACGCGGCGCUCUCAGACCGACUGUACCCGAGCUGGCGCGUGCGGGUAUACCACGACACAUUCGCCGGGACGGUGCGCCGCUUCCCGCCUGGCCCGCGUCGCCUGCCGACACGCAAACAUCGACCUCUGCCACGUGCUCAGCUACGAUGGGGACGCACCAGGCGCGUACAGCGGCGCCAUGUGGCGCCUCCUGCCGCUAGACGACCCACUGGUGGACGUCUUCGUCAGUCGGGACCUGGACUCGCUGCCCUCACAGCGUGAGGCCGCCGCCGUCGCCGCCUGGCUCCACGCCCCCGAGACGUUCCACAUCAUGAGGGAUCACUGGGACCACCUGAUCACCAUGCCAGGUGGCCUGUGGGGGGCCAAAGUUGGCCAGAAGCGCCCGCUCAUGGCGCGACUCAAAGCCGAGCUGAACGGAUGGGUUGACCACGCGAGGCACAAGAACUGGGACCAGCGGGCGCUGCACGGAAUCGUCUGGAACCACGCGUCCGUGGACUCGGUGCAGCACGACAGCUACACGUGUCAGCGGUUCCCGGGCUACACCGUGCCGUUCCCGACGCAGCGGACCGAGAACGACACCACCCUCUACGUGGGCCAAGUGGUGACGGAUGGCAGCGGAGGCAGCGGCGAGAAGCUGCGCACGUGUCCAGUAGCGUGCAGACCUCAAGAGCACCGCGAUUGGGACUACUGUUGAUUGGCGCUGGCGCUAGCAGGGGCUGGCAGCACCGCUAGUCUUGGCCGAUGGUACCACUGUGCACAGCGCUGUUUCUGAGGGCACUGCCGACCAGGAAUGACGAACUGCUCCCACGGUCGUUACUGCUGAAAGGACCCGUCACUAGGAUAUGUAGGGAUCGUUAAUGGGAAACACACUGCCCUGCCGCUGUCACUGGGCGACUGCUGACAGGCAAUGGUGAUCCGGCUCCCAGGAAUGGUACUAGCGCAAGGAUCUCUUACUAGGACUCCUGCCAGCCGAGACUGUUCCUGGGAGCGCUGCUGACCGCGCCGCCACUGGGGUUGUAAAAGGGUACUGUUACUAGGGGGUAGUACUGCAGAAGGGAACUGUCGAGUGCUGUUGACGGGAGCCAUUACCUGCGGUGAUAAUGACAGAUUAUUGUUGAGAGUACCGCUGACAGCGAUUUUCGCUGAGAGUACUGCUGACAACGAUUGUUGCUGGGAGUACUGCUGACAGAGAUUAUCGCUGAGACUGCUACUGGCGGCGAUUGUUACAGAGUGCUGCUACUCGAGGCUGUUUUUAGCAGAAGGAGCAGCGAUUGCAGAUGUGUAUAUCCGUAUGAUGUAUUUAGUGUGUGAAACAUAACUUUCAAGAAAAUACAUGUCGAUG